AUGAGUCCCGAUUCUCUUCACAAGAUUCUUUCAUCUCUCACGCUUGAGGAAAAGAUCCGUUUUCUUUCAGGUGUUGACUGGUGGCGCACCCCAGUCAUACAAAGGGACGGGGUCUUUGUACCUCAUAUCAAGUUUACUGAUGGGCCCAAUGGUGCCCGAGGAGAGAGCUAUGUGUCUGGCAUCAAGGCUGCAUGCUUCCCAUGCGGGACAUGUCUCGGCUCGACAUUCGACACGUCGAUCCUGGAGAGAAUCGGCACCGCGAUAGCAAAAGAAGCAGAGACAAAGUCUGCAAAUGUCCUCUUGGGACCAACCCUCAAUGUCAUCCGCUCACCGCUGGGAGGCCGAAACUACGAGACCUAUAGCGAGGAUCCUCUCGUUCUGGGCCAUCUGGCAGCUGCCUAUGUCCGUGGAUGCCAGUCGACGGGCCGUGUCGCGGCAACUCCAAAGCACUUUGUGGCGAAUGACGCCGAGAAUCAACGGACGACACUAAGUGUCGAAGUUGAGGAGCAGGUGUUGAGAGAGAUUUACCUGAAGCCAUUCCAGCUUGUGUUAAAACUCUCAGACCCCUGGUGCAUCAUGUCAAGCUACAACCGGGUUCGGGGAACCUAUGUCGCUAACAGUGACGAGCUCAUCAACGGCACUUUGAGAGAAGAAUGGGGCUUCCAAGGGCCCGUCAUCUCAGACUGGAUGGGGACUUACUCCGUUGCACCUGGUAUAAAUGCUGGUGUCGACAUUGAGAUGCCCGGUCCACCGAAAUGGCGUACCCCAGACGCGGUGUUGAAGCUCGUUCAGCAGGGAACCAUUUCUGAAGAGGUUAUCAACAAGAGCGUUUUACGCAUUCUCAAGUUGGCGUAUCGGCUUGGUCGGUUCGAGAACCCCGAGGAACCUCCUGAACGCGCGGUAGAAGACCAGGCUCGCGAUAAUCUCAUCAAGGAAGCUGCGGCAGAUGGAAUCGUCUUGCUCAAGAACGCUGGAGACAUCUUACCCAUACCCCAGAGCUCGACUGUCGCAUUGAUCGGUCAGCAUGCGAGCUCUGUUGUCCUAGGAGGCGGAGGAAGUGCCCGAGUCGAUGCCUUGCAUGCGGUUACUCCAAUCGAAGGAUUUAAAAGACUGGGCUACGACACCAGGACGGCAGUCGGGGUGCCUGUCUUUGGAGCUGUUCCGCAUGCUGACCCCAGAUUUAUCUUUCCUACCGAUCAGCCGCAACAAUCGGAACUUCCUGUUCGGCUGGAGUGGUUCAACGGCUCUGUGAUUGGCGAGAAUCUCGUUCACGAAGAGUUCCGCCCUCAAGCCGAGUACAUGAUCAAGGAACAGUGGCCAGAAUACCUUGACAAGGUCAAAUACUGUACACGAAUCACAUUCGAUCUGGUGGCACCUUCAACAGGCAACGCAAUCUUGUCGGUCAUCAGCACAGGACGGGCGAGAUGCUACAUCAACGACCAGCUGGUCUUUGAAAGACCACAAGAGACCAAACUGCGACCUGAGUCUUUCUACUUCUUCAAGAAGCAGUUGGAGAGACGUUUCACCCAUCAUGUGGAAGAGGGUCGCCGUUACAAUAUCAGGCUCGAGUCUUGGGCUUGCGACCCUGAUAUCUUGGCUGGACCGCCUUUGUUUGGAAAGAUGUUUCAAGGAAGCUCCAUUCGCUUCCAUGAAGAGAUCAACUUGCAAGCCUCAUUGAAUGAUGCCAAGAAGGUGGCCUCAGAAACCGAGUAUGCCAUUGUCUGCGUGGGAACGACCAACGAGAUUGAGUCGGAGGGCUUCGACCGGGACACAAUGGACCUCACGCCAGAACAAUACGACUUGAUCAAGGCAGUUGCCUCUUCAAACCCCAAGACGGUGGUUGUAAACUUUUCAGGCGCACCUGUUGGUCUCUCGCAGAUUGUCGAUGUUGUUCCUGGCAUUGUCCAGGCUUGGUUCCCUGGACAAGAAGCAGGGCUGUCAGUUGCAGCCGUUCUCUCUGGGGAGGUGAAUCCUAGUGGUAGACUGCCACUGACAUGGCCACGCAAGUUGGAGGAUAACCCAUCGUUUGGAAAUUUCCCCGCCGGCCCUGAUGACAUUCUUCGAUAUGAAGAAGGGCUUGAUGUGGGCUAUCGGUGGUAUGAUCAAGAGAGCAAGCCUGAGCCUUUGUACCCGUUCGGCUUCGGACUUUCCUACACACGCUUUGAGGUUGUCGACGCUGAGAUCCAAGAUGGAAGAGAGAUGUUGGAUCUUGAACAGGAGGUCGUGGUUAGGGCUAGAGUCUCAAACGUCGGCCCUCGACGAGGCAAGACCGUAGUCCAGUUUUACGUGUCUGCACCUCACGAUAGUUCAAUCCCUGGACUUGUACGGCCUGUGAAGGAGCUACAAGCAUUUGAAAAGGUUGAGAUUGAGCCAGGGGAGACGCAAAUUGUCGAGGCGCGCCUGGACAAAUAUAGUGUGAGCGUCUAUGAUUCGGCGGCAGGGAGAUGGCACGUGGAGAAGGGGGUGUAUACGGUCUACAUCGGCUUAUCGAGCGAUCAAGCACAUACUGAAGUGUUAUUCUCAGUACCAGACACCUUUACCUGGACAGGUCUGUAG